CCCUGCUGCGGGUCCACAACUCCCGACGGGACUUUGUGACGCUUUUUAUUGUAGCAACAGUUCCUGGUAGCUUGCCCGAAAUCCCCAGCUCCUUCCUCUACUGAGCCUAUAAAAGAAGAGCGGCUGGAGGUGUGCAGGUCCCCGGCUGCAGGGUGCUGGGGCUAGUGCGGUAGGGGAGAGGGGGGACACAAGAGCGAGAGGACAAGGAGGCCAAAGCGAGAAACGGGAGUGAUGGGGUGCGGGGCUUCUAAGCCUUUGGAAGAGCAGCGACCAGUCCCGGAGCCUAAGAAAGGCUGGGAGGAAGGGAACGAGGUUGAUGUUGGUGAAUCUUAUAUACCUGUAAAUGCUGGGCCUUGGGAUGGGUCAGCAAGGUCUAGAAGUGCUAUGGAUAGUGAAUUUGGACUGGAAGAUGGUGUCUUAAUGGGAAGCUUACCUGGAACCAUUCUAGAAAAUUCACCAUCUCUUGAUGAAAAAAAUGAAAAAGUAAAUACAGAACUAAUGAUUAAUGGAUUAAUCGAUACGUCCCAACACCUCCAGAGUCGAGAGAGGCCAAAGUCAUCAGACAUCCUGGAGGAACUUUUCAUUCAAGGAAUAAUACAAAGUCCAAGUAAAGUAUUUAGAAAUGGAGAAUCAUAUAAUGUCAUGGUAAGCACAAAUGAGAAGCCUCUCAGGAAGCCACCUGCCAGACUGGAGAAACUUAACACCAAAAGGGAAACAAAUGGGUUCACAAUAAAAAAUAUAGAAGAGAAGAUGAAGGCAGCAGAUGAAAGAAGGAAGGUUAAAGGUGAAGAAAUGAAAAACAGGCUGAGAAGUGAGAGGCCUUUGCCACCAAUUGUCCCUUCAAGCACAGCAAAACUGAGUGAGGAUGACCCUCCAUUUGCCAAAGGAUUUGAUGCUACAGGCUCUUCUGUGUUUCAUCCCUCUGCCAUGGAAACAGGAAGGCAAGUGAAAAGGAAAAAAAGCAUUGGGAAAGGCAAUAUGGCUUCAAGUAAAAUAAAUCAAAGUUACGAAGCCUUUGGGGUUGUGGAGUCUGAUGUGCACUACAACACUCCUGAUGACGUAUUCUGAUGCACCAGUGGUCCGCUCUAUUCAGUGUACACUACACAUGUGAUAUUUCACUAAUUCUUAAAAAAUUAAGCCCUUGCUCUGUACCUUUACUUUCCUCUUACAGACUUUGUUACAGUAAUUGGUCUAAUAGCAAUGAUAUGCAUUGCUUAACUCCACCGUUAGUAAUCAGGGUUACAGAGAUUGUUGAUGUCAAGGUUACUGGUUUCACAUCCUUGUGGUCCAAAUGAAGAGAAGGAGGAAAGGGAGGGAGGCAGCCCCAGGAAGAAGCCUUCUGCCCUGCUGCCUGUGGUCAGUAAAGGCUCAGCUAAGCACUUCCUCACUCAAUGUAUUCUACCACCUUUCCUUUCCUUUCAAUGCUUAGCCUUUCUCAAGUGGGUGACAUAAUCAUUCUGAAGGUCUGUUGCAGCUACUGAAAGAUAAUUAGUGUAGUAGGAAGAGUCCUGGAGUGUUCAGAGAGACUUAGUUUUGAAUUCUACCUCUGACACUUUCUAGCUAUUGGACCAUGUACAGGAGAUUAACCUCUCCAGACCUCAGUUUCUUCAUCUAUAGAAUGGGGAUAGCAAUACCUACAAUACAAAUUUCUCUAGUUGUUGUGAGGACCAAGUGAGAUCAUUCAUUCAUUCGUUAGUUGAAUAAUCAUUUAUUAAGCACCCAAAUGGAC